CCUCAACCCUACAUUGAAAUAUUUGAGCAGCCCAGGCAAAGGGGAAUGCGCUUCAGAUACAAAUGCGAGGGGAGAUCGGCAGGCAGCAUUCCAGGAGAGCACAGCACAGAUAACAAUAAGACGUUCCCUUCCAUACAGAUUCUUAACUAUUUUGGAAAAGUCAAAAUAAGGACUACACUGGUGACAAAGAAUGAACCCUACAAGCCGCAUCCUCACGAUCUGGUUGGCAAAGACUGCAGAGAUGGUUAUUACGAAGCAGAGUUUGGGCCGGAACGACGAGUCCUGUCUUUUCAGAAUUUGGGCAUUCAGUGUGUGAAAAAGAAAGAGCUGAAGGAAUCGAUUUCUUUACGAAUCUCAAAGAAGAUCAAUCCUUUUAAUGUGCCUGAAGAGCAGCUGCACAACAUCGAUGAGUACGAUCUCAACGUUGUCCGCCUCUGCUUCCAGGCUUUCCUCCCCGACGAACACGGCAACUACACCUUAGCUCUUCCUCCUUUGAUUUCCAACCCCAUCUACGACAACAGAGCUCCCAACACAGCAGAAUUGCGCAUUUGUCGUGUGAAUAAGAACUGUGGAAGUGUAAAAGGAGGAGAUGAGAUAUUUCUACUGUGUGACAAGGUUCAAAAAGAUGAUAUAGAAGUCAGAUUUGUCUUGGACAACUGGGAGGCAAAAGGCUCCUUCUCGCAGGCUGAUGUUCACCGCCAGGUUGCCAUUGUCUUCAGGACACCGCCCUUCCUCAGAGACAUCUCGGAGCCCGUCACCGUGAAGAUGCAACUGCGGAGACCUUCCGACCAGGAAGUCAGCGAGCCCAUGGAUUUCAGAUACCUUCCAGAUGAAAAGGAUCCAUAUGGUAACAAAGCGAAAAGGCAAAGAUCAACGUUGGCUUGGCAAAAACUCAUACAGGACUGUGGAUCAAAUGCAUCAGAGAGGCCCAAAGUAGCUCCAUUCUCACCCGUUGCUUCUGAAGGGAAGCUGAUUAAGAAAGAACCAAACCUGUUUUCCUCCACCCUGCUGAUGCCAGGGCCUGCAGCUGUGGCCAACACUAGUCAGCUUUACUCCACCUGCAAUCAGAUGCCACCUCAGCCGAUGCCGGUGGUGCCGGGGAAGCAGGACGGGCUCUCCUUGUGCUGGCCCCCGCAGAACACAGCCCCAGCUGUGGGCAGCCUAGUUGGUGCCCACCCACAGGGCAGCUUUGCAGAAGAGGUGCUGCAGGGCAGCGCACAGGGCAGCAGCUCCCUCCAGACCUUCGAAACCUCCCUGAACUGGCCUGACGAGAAGGACACGAGGUUCUACAGGGGCUUCAGCAGCACCAACGGCCUGGGCGCUGGGUUGGUGCCGCCUGCAGACAUGCAGAGUGUGCCCAGCAGCAGCCUCGCGCAGCAGGCGCACCCCGCCAGCGUGAGCACCGCAAGCAUCGUCAGCAUGGAGACCGAGGACAUAAACUUCGCCAGUUUAAGCUUCGAGAAGUUUAGCCCAGUGCUGCCUGCGAGCAAUGCCAGGCAGCAGCUCCACCAGGUGCCCCCGGCAUGCACACCUGCAGCAGCCCCUGGCAGCACAGCUUUUAAUUCACAGUCUAAUUUAGCCGAUCCCACAGCCUACAGUUUUACAGACCAAGAGCUUCUGAGUGAAUCAAGCCUGUCCGCCAACCCGCUCCAGAAUCACCAGAAUAGCAUUGCAGACACCCAGUUUUAUGACGCGGAUGGCGACGAGCUCUACGCAUCUUUCCAAUUCGAUAGCAUCUUACCGAGCUAUAAUCCUUGA